AUGGGCGCCCAGACUUUUGGGACGGCCGUGUACUCUCUUGAGAUACCGAGCAUCUACUUUGGCAUUACAAUUGGUCUCGCCAUACUCAUUUCUGUGAAAGCAUCUCAGCAAACGGUCCUGAUCUACAUGAGAACGAACCCAGUCUUCAACCUUUAUGUGUGGAUCUUGAGUUUUAUGUUUCUCCUGGACAAUCAUCUUUUUCGACUCUUCGACAUGCCGCACCUCGCGAAACUGAUGCCGAAUUACGUGACGGCGACAAUCGCCUUAUCGUUUGAAGGCUUCCUGAACGGCUUUGAUACAGGAACUAUCGGCUCAGUAGUGCAUAUGAAGCAGUUUGCGACCACAUUCGGCGAUCUGUCUGCGACCGUCCGAGGUAUCACAGUUUCCAUGAUAUUGUUGACUGGCAUCAUUCCCUCGUUGCUGGCUGGUCAGCUGGCAGACAAGUAUGGACGAUUGCGCAUAAUAUCACCCGGCGCCGCACUCUUCGCCCUCGGCGCUCUCCUACAGACAACAUCCUUCAGCCUGGGUCAGUUCAUCCUAGGUCGAGCUGUCAGCGGCAUUGGCCAGGGCGUCUUCCUCGGUAACAUCGCCGUCUACCUCGCUGAGAUAGCCCCUCCCGUCGAAGAGGUCGCCUCGCCGCCUUGCCUCAGUUCAUGGCAACUCUCGGCAUCUGUAUCGGAUACUUCUCUUCCUACACGACGAGCUCCAUUGAAGAUAGCACUGCGUGGCGUCUUCCAAUCAAUCAAUACAGAGAUAUUGAUACUUCGUCACCCCCAGGACCCUACGGUUCGAACCAAAUUCCCUGUGAAAGGAAUACCAACAGGAACCGAUGCGAUAACUUAUUACGCGCCCGCAUUGUUCGACCAGGCUGGAAUCUCACAGUCCAACUCUUCGCUCAUCGCAUCUGGCGUUUCUUCCAUCACGAUGCUGGUCGUGUCUAUUCCAGCAUCCAUCCUGGCCGACAAAUGGGGAAGACGAACCUCGGCAAUCAGUGGCGGCGUUAUUCUCUCUGGACUUAUGAUGCUCAUGGGGAGCCUCUACGCAGCUGGCGCGGUUGGCCCUACAGGAGUUGCUCGCUGGGUUGUCGUAAUCUCAGUUUUCGCAUUUGGCAUGGCCUACUGUGCUACCUGGAAUGUUGUCACGAGUUAUGGCACGCAGCAAUGGGCAUAUGAAAUCUAUGCUAGCGAGAUUCUGCCUGGCAACACCAGAGCCGCGGGCAAUUCGAUUGGAAUGGCGUCUUCAUUCUUCACCAAUUGGCUGGUGGCACUUAUCACUCCGAUCCUCUUAUCCGCUUCAGCAUAUGGCGCUUACUUCCUCUUCGGCGGGUUGACUGUCAUCACAGCGAUUGUUCUCACUGUCUUCAUGCCCGAAACUCGUGGGCGAUCACUUGAAAGCAUACAGAGUGAGUUCAGACGACCGGUAUUCACCAGCUUGAUGGGGUCACUUUGCGCUCCGCGGGCCCGGCACCGAAACCCGCAAUCCCAGUCAAACCCCAACACGCCGAUUGAGCUGCUGGCCCGGGCACCGGAACCGUCAACGGCGGCAGUCUCUUCAAGCAUUGCAGCUUGA